CUGCUGCUCACUUGGAGCUCCAGCGUCCAGCGGUAAGAACUCGCCGGAACCGAGGAGCGUUAGUGCUCGUUGAGCAUUUGCCCAUUCGAGAGGUGUUGAGGGUUUCGGCGGUUCGGCGUUCUAUCCCACAUCCAGAAGUUUAUCCGGUGUAGGCGUGGGAGUAGUGAGAGUGCGUUUCGCGGUGUACUUUGCAUACACAAACUUAUGAGCACCAUCCUCCCCUCGGAAGCGUCGUCAGGUGUGCGAUAAUGAACGUUGGAGCUGGUGCUGUGAGUUCGUCGUCGAAGAGAAACAAUUUUGGACGAGUAUAACUGAACAACGCGCGAUCGCAGCGAUGGAGGUGUGCUGCUUGAAAAUGGCUUCCAGAUGCAGACCAACCAGACCCAUCAAGGACAUAACGCAGCUUUCGACGGCCGGAUCGUCCCAUGACUGCGGCUCACUUUCCCGGGUGGUAAUGGUCCGGAAGACUGAUCAGCGUGUAAUCAACCAUAAAGGAAGCCAAAAGGAUCCACUAUGCGAGGUUAUCACAAUGGAAACCAUCCAAACGUAUAAGGGCCACAAACCGGACCGCACCGUGGUCUUUAAGGAGAAGUUCGAUCUCAGCGGAAAUGAUAUGAACAAAUCGUUGUCGUCUAGCAAAUUGAUGGGGUCGCCGCGUCUUUCGAUCAGUCCGCUGCGAACAAUUAUGACGACCAGCGCGGAGUUGGAGCAGAGCAAAGGUGAUCGCAACAAUAAUACCACAACGACUGUGGUGACAGGUCAUUCACUGCUGAAGGAACAGCAACACCUGCGGCACAAAUCAUUGGACCGGACCAGCAGCAAUAACAACAGUAUCGCAUACAUCUCCUCUCCCGCUAAGACGACCCGAUGUUCCAAGAGUCCCUCAAUCAGCAAUCUCAGGCACAAAUCUCCUUCUCUAUCGGCGUCUCAGAACUCCCUGCGGCGAUCGAUUUUUAGUGAAUUCGAGCAUGAGUGCUUGAAAACCCACAAUGAGUAUCGUACAAAACAUGGCGUUCUGCCUCUGAAGUUGAAUAAACGUCUCUGUAGAUAUGCGGAGGAAUGGGCCAAAGUUAUCGCGGCGCGAGGAGUUUUGGUCCAUCGGAGCAAUUCUCAGUACGGAGAGAACAUUUUCUGCUCGUGGAGCUCACCCAACGCAAACGUGGUUAUCACCGGCCGGGAGCCGGUUGAGAAUUGGUACAGCGAGGAGUCCACACACGUGUACGGGAAAGAACCAGCCACACUCAAGACAGGGCACUUCACGCAGGUUGUUUGGAAGGACUGCCGAGAGCUUGGUGUUGGAGUGGCCAGAAAUAGAUCCGGUCAAAUUUUCGUGGUGGCCAAUUACGAUCCACCUGGUAAUUAUAUUGGAAGUUUCGCGAAGAAUGUACCUCCCCCGGGAGGUUUUGAAAUACCAAAGAUAAUUGUUGACAAACCAAUAAGCACCGGACUCGUAUCCACGGCCACGCCAAAGCCAGAGAAACACGUUCGCAUAGUGGAUGAAAACGAUCCGGAUCAAUUCGAUGAAUUCUCCCAAGCGAUGUUACGGCAUCACAACGAAUAUCGUCGUAAGCAUGGUGUCCCCGAUUUGGUCUUACACAAGGAAUUAGUUCGAGAUGCACAGCAGUGGGCGGAGAUUUUAGCGCGAGAUGAUCGAUUCACCUACCGCCAGAACUCCAAAUACGGAGAGAAUCUUUACUGCUUGUGGUCAUCCGAUCGGCAUGCGAAACCCAGCCCCCGGGACGUUUGUCGGUCCUGGUACGAGGAAGUGAAGCAGUACGCCUUCAAUGUGGAACCACGUGGCGUUAUCAAGGGUGGUCAGUUCACCCAAAUGAUCUGGAAGGGAACCAAAGAACUGGGGGUGGGAAGCGGUCAAACACGGAGCGGUAAAGUGAUCGUUGUUUGUACGUAUUAUCCGCGGGGUAACGUUUUGGGACAGUUCGUAGCGAACGUCCCAAAGAGGAUAGUUUAAUUCGUAAUUCACGCGUUGACUUUUCUAACUAUAAGCACAUAAUACAAUCCAUCAGGACACGAUUGAAGCCUUACGUAAGCGUUGCAACCUCGAAUCCUUCCAAUCACUGAUCCUCGUUGUUACACUACCUUGAUGUACUGUACAUAGUCAAUAGUUCACACAUAACACGCUCCAAAUCACAGAGAGCCUAUAACACAUGAAAACAAAAGAUUGCAUCUCAUAGUAAGCUUUUACAGAACAGCGGAAUAAUUUUCUAAGUAACCUGACGCGAGAUGCCUUCAGCGGAUGAGUCUACAAUUUGUCUUACUACUUUGGGAUGUUAGCAAAUGUUCAGCAGCACCACGUUUAAGCGCACCGAUUUCAUGCUUUCAAGCGAGCAAGCGAGAAGAAGAGAGAAAGAAUAUAUUUUCUAACUAGAGGAGCUUUUUAUAACACUUACUGAAGCUUUUGCAAGUUGCCAUAAAACCCCAUUCCGCGCGGAAUGAAUAAUGUUGAGUGUUCUAUUUCCGUUCUAAAAUAAUUGGAUUUUUGUAAGAUCGACUUUUGAAUUACAAUUUUGACAAUUUCGGUGGAAUAUUUGCUUCAUUCGAAAGGGAACAUAAUACAAAAACAUAAAUUUAAAAAUGAAUAAUCAGUACCAUAGUAUUGUACUUUUGAUAAAAGUUACGACCUAUUCAUAUUAUCUACAUAUUAAAUUGUUCAUCGCCAUAAUUCUUGUGUCAUCAUAAGAGCAAUGUCAUGCAAGGUUCAAAUUGAAGAUAUCAUUAUUUCUCA